AUGAUUCUCAUGCGUGGAAUCCAGCGGCUUCACCAUCCCUAUGAAGCUAUCCCCGCCCAGCAUAAACUGUGUCUUCAUCGCGGGACGAAGUACCACGCUAGUCAUGAGCCCCCCCCACUCAAGGUCACACUCGACUGCCUCGACAGCGACCAGAGGACAGCCCCGCAACCAGGCCCAGGGCCGCCCAGAAAGAGAGACCCGAGCCGAGACCAGAACCCGACCCAGAGCCAGACAGAGCAGCGACCAGCCACAGACCCGAGACAGACCAGAAAGAGAGACCAUGGAGACUGCGCCCGAACACAGACCAGAGAGAGAUGCACCCGCGGAAGGACCAGCAACCGACCAGCGCGAGCGACAGAGAGACGACCCGAAACCGCCAGAGAGAGAGCCCAGAGAGAUGGCCCCGCACCCAGACCAGCGGGCGACCAGAUGCCCGAGCGGCGCCCCAAGAGGGACCCAGGGAGACCAGAGAGAGGCCACGGCGAGAGAGAGACCCAGGAGCGGCCCAGCGGAGGACCCCAGAGCGAGGAGAGACCAGAGCGCGCAGAGACCAGAGACAGCGCCCACGAGAGAGAGACUAGAGGAGCGAGCGAGGCCACACUCUAA